GCUGGACCUUGGAAUGCAGCGACAGUUCUCGAAAAUGGGUCCAGCUUGCUGUGGGACUGUGCAGGUCUAGGUCCUUCGCCGCGAUCCAGACCAGCUAGACUCCGAGCUUCUGGGUUCCGAAUCCAACGAGCAAUUCGAUGAGUUGCGAUCGAUGCAUACGAUCGAUCGAAGACGAGCACAAAUUGGCUUUGGAUGAGCAUCAUAAUGGAGGCGAUCGGAGAGGUACGACCAGAACGCCGGCUUUUUUACGAGGUAUGAGCACCUUUCCGACCUGAAUUCUUUGAAAUUCCUGCCAGAGGUGCAAUGUUGGCCGCACAGACUAACCUUGGAUGCAGAAAACCAAAUCUACUAAUUUAGGCAGAUUGAUCCUGUCGGACUUCGCCGUCCUUCAUGUUGACGUAUUCCAAGCUUUAAUGGCUCCAAGUCAGUAAGUGAACUGACAAGAAGCCAUCGAAGAGAAGGAUAAUCAUUAGCAGGAGAUUGUAAGUUUAAGUAGUUAGUCAGGGACGAUAAAUUUCUGACACGAGCGCUGAGGACGGAGGCCGCAAGGAUAUCACCGUGCACAAGUCGAGAAAGACGUGCCUGAAGCUUCGCCAUGCCAGCUGCAGGCGACCUCGCCGCCAAGACUUCCGUCCAUUUUCGUAUCGAUGAUACCACUCACCGUUGGAGCAAGAGUGAGUGGAAUUGUCUCGAGGUAAAACUCUGAUCUUCGGUGCUUACGUCGAAAUUUACGAGAAGGAAUUCGACAAUUUUCCACUGGGAUCUCUUGACGGCGCUGUGCAGCAGGAAAUUAUCAGAUUUCGUUGUGGCAUGCGAGGAGUCGAGACAUGAGCCAGUCCACUGAGGCGUACACAAAGCUUCUUCCAGCUUCAAUGCCGAUCCAUGCUUGAGAGUUUCUGGCUCAAAGCCUCCAAUAAGGACCUCAAGAACUCGGGGAAAUGGGGGAUCGGGAGGACAAGAACCCUGGAGGUGGAGGAUCGGGAGAGCCAAAACAGAUAGAGCCACCUAGCUCAAACCCAGCACAGGCCCCACAAAACCAAGGAGGGCAAUCUUCUGGGAGCCAAGAACCGAAAAGCGCAAUAGCAGCAUUUUUUCUAAAAAAAACGAAUAGACGAGGAAACGCGAACCCACGAGCAGCGCCAUCCGCUGGGCCCCAACCAGCAGCACGAGCAGCGCCAUCCGCUUGGCCCCAACCAGCAGCACGGGCAGCGCCAUCCGCUGGGCCCCAACCAGCAGCACGAGCAGCGCCAUCCGCUGGGCCCCAACCAGCAGCACGAGCAGCGCCAUCCGCUGGGCCCCAACCAGCAGCACGAGCAGCGCCAUCCGCACCACCACCCGCUCGGAAACAACUAGUAGCGUUUUCCGCUUGGAAGCAACUACCGACCGGUCAAGCAGAGCCAUCCACAUCAGCAGGUCCAAGUCCAGGAGAGCCAUCCACAUCAGCAGGUCCAAGUCCAGGAGAGCCAUCCACAUCAGCAGGUCCAAGUGCAGGAGCAGGAGCAGGCCGUGACCUAGAAGCAGAUUUCGGCUCACGCCGCCGCGAAAACCCAGAACCAGAAGAGGACCGAAGCCAAGCAGGCACCAGAUUUCAGUCAUCAGUAGCCAACUUUGCCAUAGUAAAUUUACCACAGCAACAAGCAAGACAGGGAGCAGCAGGAGUGCAACACAGAAGAGGCCAAGAAGAGAACCAGCAGUGGGCGAGCUUGAUCAAACGCGGCGGCAUGUACAUGGAGGACGUGAGCCGCGAAGAACUGGAGAACUGGGCCGUGUACAGCCCGGGUUACUUCGACGCCAUUUUCCCGAUCCUCCAAGUGGACGAGUACCCGAAGUUCAUGUGGUUGUUGACGAAUCACUUCCAAAUCGAGAGGUUCGUGGACCAGUCGUGGACCUACAAAAUCGAAUGGGACCCCUCGCACGUCGGGACCAUAAAAGGCCUCAGCGAGUGGCGAAUGAAGGCCUUCGAGGCGAUGAAUGAACUGGUGUACGAGACGUGGACGGGGCAGGGCAUCGAGACCGACCGUGAGACCGCGCUGGGCUGCUGGGACCGCGGUCCGGAACUCCUCCGCUUGAAAAAACUGGACCCCGAUGCCGCCAUCUCCUUCAAGGGAGUGAAGGGCUACUUGCCGAUGAGGGAGAAGACCAACUAUAACAGACGCUUCAAUAUCCGAAUGAAGUUCAUCCAUCACCAGCCGCAGAAAACGGGCGGGCCCCUGAAUCCCGUAUCGGUCCAAUGGGCUGACUACGCCAACUUCAAGAGGACCGGCGGCGCCUGGUCUCAACUCACCCAUCUGUUCAAUGCCCUGCAAAAUGUCCUGGGCGCGUACCCGACCCGCAACCAUUACCUCGAAGACUGGAGGAAGAAGAAACACUACUUCCACGCCGGGUUCCCAAGACGCAACGACCCGGAGGCGGCGUACGUGGAGGUGAGGAAUUUUGGUUUGGCCGUGGACCGCUUCUGCACCCUCCGGCGAGGUUUUCGCAUGGCCACCAAAAUCCUGCAAGGCGGAAUUUACGUGAACAUGAUCACGUCCAUCAAUAUGUUCUGGGGUCGAAAUCAUAAUCUGUACGACGUCAUGCUAGCAGUCGCCCAGUUGUGCGGGUUCAACGCUGUCGACCUAAAGUGUGUGAAGCACCUGGAGUCUAAUUUGAAGUACGUGCAGGCGAAGUGUUCCUUGUCGAAUCUGCUUCCUGAGAACCUGGAAAAAUACCCCGUCAAGUACUACAAGGUCUAUGGCUUCUCCAGGGUGCCGGCCAGCGACCUCGUUGUUGCCAAGUACGAAAGAACAUUUGGUGGAAAAUUUCCCAAGAGAACCUACGACAUGAAUUUCUUCGACUUUCUCGAGAUAUUCUACGGUGUGAACCAGUUCGACCGUUCGAGGGUCGACCCGAAGUACGCAAACGUGCCCGCCGUCAAAGUGCACCCGAGAUAUGAAUUCUACCUGCCGCCAUGGCUAUUGACCUGCAAAGAUGGCGAUAAAUUCCCGACCGCAGGGAAGACGAAGUUGGGUACGCUAAUGCAUGGCAGACUGCAAGAUAUUCACAAGGAAGAAUUGGUCAAGGACAGGUUCAAACGUAUAAAACAACAGCUCCGGGAGAGGCUCGAUGCAGACCCGUGGCUGAAGAUGUUCGGUUUGGUGAUCGACCCGAACUUCCACCGAGUGAAAGGCUACCGGAUGCCGCCGCCCGAGCUCUUCGUGGCGAACGCCGCGACCAACGCGUUGGAGCGAGCCGGGGAGGUUCGGGAUAACGGUUGGUGUCUGCUGAAUAACCAGCGGUUGCUCUCGCCAGCCGAAGGGCUGGGCGACUUCAUCGUCUUCACGGUGGAGCCGAUCACCCGCAAGGUGGCCGUUAACCUGAUGCGCGCCAUCCAUCGGACCCUGCAGCAGAAUAGAAUCGUCGUCCAUGGGAACUUCAACCAAUUGGCCGACAGCAUCACGAACCUGGGCUUCUUCAAGGUCGAAAACAUCAACGACUUCGCCACCCGACUGCAGGAGGAGCUGAACGCGUAUGUGACCCGCCGGGGGUGCGCCCCGCGCCUGGUGUACUGCGUGGUGUACGACAAGUCGAGGCUCUACCACGCGUUCAAGUACAUCCUGGACUUCCUGAUGGGGAUCCCCUCGCAGUGGCUCGUCGUGCACGGCAUGAGAGACUUCAACGCGCAGGGGCGCCUGGACGACUUGACCUUCGGGGUCACGGAAUACGGCAAACGGAAGCUGAAUAACCUGGUGCUGAAGCUGAACCGGAAGCUCGGCGGCAAGAACGUUCACCUGCGGUCCAAGUGGCUGUCCGACACGGAAGAAGCGGCUCUCCCGGGGACGAUGAUCUUCGGCAGCGACGUCACGCACCCGACGCACGAACAGCCGCACUCCAUCGCGUCCGUCGUGGCCACCAACGACAUGCCGCCGCGAACGUUCGGCGCGCGCUGCCGCGUCCAGGAGGGCUACGAGGAGAUGAUCUACGACCUGGAGGACAUGGUGUGCGAUCUGGUGCGCGUCUUCAAGCAAAGGAACCCCCAAACCGACCUCGAGCAUCUGAUCUUCUUCCGCGACGGCGUGUCCAACGAGAUCUACCGCGACGUGCUGCUGCAGGAGGUGCCGCGGAUCUACAACGGCGUCCAGCGCGGCGGCGGCGGCAACCGCGUCAAACUGCUCCUGGUCCUCGGCAUGAAGCGCCACCACACGCGGUUCAUGGUCGCCGCCACGAACAAGUGCAUCGACCACGGCACCGCCAUCAACGAUCUGAACCUGCCGCACCAGCAGAACUUCUACAUGAGCUCUCACCAGGCUCAAUGGUCGCAUGCCAAAAUGGGAAUCAGCCGGCCCGUGUGCUAUCAGGUCAUAGUGGACCAGAUUGGCCUCACGCUGAACGAGCUGCAGACUAUGAUCUACCAUUCGUCCUUCACGUACGACAAAACCUACAGGUCUUUAUUCACCGCUCCGGCGUCCCACUACUCGCAUAUGGCUUGCACUCGCGCCAAAUGUUACUACCUCAGGAUUAGAAGCAAGCCCGAGGAUCAGCGCCCUCCGUUUCCUGCCGAAAAAAGGACUCGGGAAUCGCGUCCCUAUGCUCCUCACGUGAAGUCCGACCUGACUCCUCACAUAAACAUUCGCGAUACGAUGUUUUAUCUUUGACUUAGUUUCAACCUCGGACCUCACGACAUUGACAUCGACAUUGACACACCUCCUCUCGCUCAUGUCCCUCCCGUCGUUCGAUCCAGUAGCGAGACGGCAUUUCUCAGGCUACCGUGGAUCUCGUGAAACAUAACACGUUCCCAUCUGCUCAUCGACUAUCUUGGUUUACAGCAGUAGCCGAGUCCCUAAAAACUUCGAGACCCCUUCCAAGGACAGUCGGUGAAGUUCACCCUUUGCAUGCAGCUCGAUAAUAAAGCUCAAAUCUCGACGCUGGCUUUGUUG